UUGACAGUCAUGGUGGGAAAGUUCAGUGUGUGUUUCCUUGCCUUUAGCUCGACAGUGGUGCUGCUGCUGAGUCUCAGCACGGCACAGCGCGUGUGUGUGAGUGUGUGUGUGUAAGAGUGUGUGUGUGUGCGGAUGGUGGUGGACUGUUCCCGGUGAAAAACCACCGACCCCCGGCCCGCAGUAAAAUGCCUCAACGCCGCGAGUAAACGGGCCAAACUGUCGGAGGGGAGCGAGUCAGGUCUCCGGGCAGCUUCAGAGGAAAAUACCGGCAGGAUGUUGCAAGUUUUAGCUUGUGGCGCCGUAGUUUUCCCCGGUCUCUUCUUCGCCUUCAGGAGGAUUCUGCCGUGUGUGUUCAAACACUGGAGCGAUGCCGACGUGGUGCUGGUCAGCGAGAGACUGGUGUCCUCCAUCCAUGCUGUCAUGGCAACCACGGCAGGAGUCAUCGUCGUGUCAUCAUGCCGGGGCAACGUCAUUAACGACAGGCACUGGCUGGCCACGUACUUUGUCAUCUGGUACGGUGUGCCCUACAUGACGUACGACAUCUUCGCCAUGUACCUCAGUCACUACCACCGCUUCCGUGUCAAAGGGCACGAGGACUACAAGCAGCAUUCGCUGAGGACCGUGAACUCCUUCGUCCGAAGAGAGUUCCUGCUGGUGCUGCAUCACAUUGCCCUGCUCACUAUCCUGCUGCCUGUCACACUGUUCUUCAGAAGGGACCAGGGGGAUUUCUUCAUCGGCUGCUUGUUUCUAACAGAGCUCAGCACACCCUUCGUCUCCCUGGGGAAGAUACUUAUUCAGCUCAGCCUCCAGGACUGCUGGCUGCACAAGGCCAAUGGCGGUAUGGUACUGCUCACCUUCUUUAUGUGCCGCAUCGCCCUCUUCCCCUACAUGUACUGGAUGUACGGCCGCCACUACGGCAUCCCGCUCUACAGUGUGCCCUUCCACCUGCCGCUGUCUACCAACUUGGGCAACUCGUGCAUCCUGGCACCGCAGGUCUACUGGUUUGUCCUUCUUUGCCGAAAGGGCUACCGUCUUUACCGACGUAGCCGUAUGCUGGACUUGUCUCCUACGGCUGCUGUCACUGACAAUUCUAAGGAGGAUUGAUACCAAGUUAACGAUUGCUCGCUCAAGCCGCACACUCAGCUACUAACGCAACUACUUCUGCAAAGGCACUAGUUUGACUUAACACAUUUCAAACCCCACCAUUGUACUGUAGUACACCAGGACUGCCUGCUCUUGUCCCACAACUCCUGGGCAUUUUCCGCACACUCUGAAUCCUCUGUUACAAAAUCUGCUGCCUGUGUGGACCUAUCCACCGACCCGGCUCUACUACUGAAGUUUGAUGAUUUGGGGUUUUUAUUUCUUUUUUGAUUUUGGCUCUUGCCUGGAUCUUGUUGAAGUGCUACAUUGCGUCUGUCAACAUUUACAACACUGAAGAAAGGUCAUGUUUGCUUCACUGAGAGUAAAAUGUGGAGCAAAAGCACCGGAAACUGAAGAGGAGCUUCCAUGGAAAGACUUUAUUUUAUCUCUUACUCCUACUGUGUUUACAGCCUCUGCUGAUUCGGAAGGUCUGUUACAGUGUUUGUGUGAGUGGCUGUUAUGACAGGAUUUAUUUAUUUUAAUGAUUUUACUGUAACGUGUCAGAUAGUUGCGUUUCCUCUCCCAUCCAUUCACUAAUCUCACUGACGAGAAGGAUUAGUAAUAGUGGUGGGCGGGAUGCAAAUUCAGGCAGUAUUAGCAGGAAUAGUUUUGAAGAAUACAAGUCACCUCAUUCACAUUUGAGAGCUAAAAACAGCUACAUUUGUUAAAACCCCGUCAAUGUGACUUCUCACUCUUGUUCAUUUAGUUUAUAGUCUCCCAUACAGCAUGUUAUCAUGGCGUCAGUCUGCAAAUCUGCAGCAACAAUCCCAUUCUCCUCACUGUAACAUCCAGAGCACUUUUACGGCCCGGGCUCAUUUGUUUUCCAGAAGCCAUUCCCUUCAACGGGGUGCUAGCUCUGUAUGCAUGGUGCACCCCCAAGGAUUUAAUGCUGCACUCAUGCUCUUGGGAAUACUUUCACUUCCUUUUCAAGAAAGCUUUCAGGAAUUCAGUUGGGCAAUAUCCGCCAGUGUCGGAGUUGGAGAAUGGUGGCACCAACAAGGGAUUACCUCAGUUGUGGAAACUAUUCUUCAUUUUCACAAGACGGAUUUUCAUGAUAUGCACGGCACAAAACAAGCCCAUGCUGGAUUUUUAUCAAAAUCUUAGGCUGAUGCUACAAAAUUCAAGCAAGACCUCAAAUAUAUCACAGUGAAAAACAUACAGACAGGGCUAAGAUAUGACCCUCUGUUACAUAAUAUCUAGGGAUGUCCCGAUCCUGUCUCAAAGAUCUGGAUCAGAGUCUAUCAAGGCAUUUUUAACUGAUCUGGAUCUGCUUUAUCGAGCGAUAUAGAGCCCCAUCCAAUCCUUUGUUUUACAUCAGCUGUCACACAGAUGUUUUUACUCAUGAAACUUUCAUGCACAGUGAUGCAACAAGUGCAGCUGUGUCAACUCUCCAACUCUCCCCUGUCUGUUCUCCUCCACUCUGCUGGGCUUCCAUGUGUAAGAGCAGGAGCAGUGGCUGAGCCCCGCCCUCUGCAAAACACCACAGGUCAUAAAAGAAAACGCCAUAUGAGACUGUUAAGUUACUUACUGAAGUUAUGUACAAUCCUGUAUUUAUAUUUGUGCACAAUAGCCUCUGUAACAUGUGUUAUCACUCUUAUUGUGACAUAAAUGUUUGUUUUAAUUUACUGAUAUCAAAUAACAAUUGACAACAAACGAUUACUCGUGAAAUAUUUAUCAGCAAAAUGAUUGAAGAAUUCAUUUUAAAAAUUUUGAAAUUACAUAAAAGCACCAAUAACGUGAAUUUUUUUAAAUUUAAUUAAAUUGAAUUACAUUUUUAGGUAGUUUGCCUCUUUAUUAGGAAAUGGGUGCGCACAACAUACUGGUACAGUCAAUUUAAAAUUCAUUCAUAACUUUUGUAUAGGCCCAGUUGAAUUGCAAUAAUAAGGCGCGAUCAUAAAAUCCCACGACACAUCAGUGUGCUGCAGAACACCAUUUGUGUGAAAGUCUCCAUGCUUUGCUUUCAACUAUGACGCACGGUGUUUCACCACCCUGCACGGGGAGAGACAGACAGCGGUGCAGAACCGACGACAUCCACUCUCACAACGCCACUGCGAGUGCACCAAAAGCCCUUUGUGGAAAAGCCAAUGAGAGUAAUAUAUCAGUGUAGCCUAAUCAGUUUUUUCUUAACGCAUUGCAGAGCUAUCUGAUUGUCAUGCAUGGGCUAUACAUUGGAUUGAGUUUCAUACCUUUAAAGCACUUGCAGUGUGCACUGUGCAGCUGUAUUAUCUAGGCCACGGGUAGGCAACCUGCAGCUCAGACACACCCAAAACACACAUUAAACACACAUUAAGCAUUGCUUAAUAGAUAAAAUUUGAAACACAAAUUGACUUCACUAUAACAGCAUUCACAGACAAAGCACUUGUCUUUUGCUGGACACAUUUUACCCGGUAAUACAACAUGCUAAUGUUUUUAGCACAAGCCUAUGGCGAUUUACAUUGUAUAAAUUAGCCUAGCAGCUAGCAGACUUUUCCUCUACUCAUAUGAAGCCAGGGACAACAGCAGCAUUUAACAAAAGUAACAUUACAAAAUUAAACUCCAUUAAAACUCACAAGGUUCACUGGCAAAACAACUGUCUUAUACUAAACACAUUUUUCUUAGCAAAUAUAACAUGCUAACUUUAUUAGUACAAGCCCAUGGCAUUUUACAUUGUAAACAUUAGCCUAGCGACGAGCAGAGAUUUCCUCUGCUCAUAUGAAGCCAGGAUAAAUCACACACAAGAUUUAAAAUACUAUUUUUGUGGAGGCUUUAUUGUCUUCACAAUUUAUUGUUUCUUAUCUGUGAAACUAAAGUAAAUAUAAGCUUUGUUUCAACUGAGGGAAAUGGUUUCAGCUCACAAAAACAGACAGGAGGUCUGGGUUGCUGCUAUGUGUAGUUACAUCUCUGGGGAGGUGCAUGUCAGGCUAUGGCGAAGGGUACGGUGUAGGCUCUAUGUUGAUGCAGAGCCGACACAGAAAUAUAUAUUCCGCCUUCGCUGGGCUAGCUGUCUAUUCCAAAUCCAAAAAUUGAGAAGUCUCAAAAGAAAAUAGAGAAUUUAGUAGUGUGUGGACAAAUUCGUUUGCUUUUAUUGAAUGCAAAAUUUAAGUACCAAUAAUCAAAAAUAGCCCACUGCAGAGGAGCCACCUUGUGCUAAAAACAUAUUAAUGAAUGCUCUUUUAGAUCUGUAAAUAACGUGGAUAGACAAAAUUUGACUUAAAAGGCUGUAUCACCCUUAUUAUGAGGCUAAAAUAUGGCCAAUAAUGGCUCUUUUGAUGGUAAAGGUUACCAACCUCUGAUCUAGGUAAACAGAAGUUUUGGAUCGGAAAUCGGUAUCGGCAGAUCCUCGAUAUUAAAUGACUUGGAUUGGGGCAAAAAACUUGAUCGGGACAUUCCUAAUAAUAUCAUUGGACUAAUUUACACCAAAGUGCAAGGUUUAUAAUUUCUGUUUGGUCUAUAUCAUUUUGCAUAUGUGAGGGUUAGUUAGAUUUCUUGCUACUGAGAGAUUCAUCUUAUGAAUCCACCAUCUUUGUUUAGAUAACACUGGAGCAUUUGUAGCUGCCAUAAAAACACUACAGUGCUGAUGUAGGGCAGCUUGGGACGACAGUCUUUGAGGGUCACUUAUGGUCAAUUAUCGAGGCUGUUGGAGGAUUUGUUUCCUCCCGUGAAACGUCAGUCAGAUCUGCUCUUCAGACCUCAGAGAAAAAGGGGUGAUGGGGACGUGGUGAUGCCUAAUGUGGGACGAACUCAGGGGAACUCAAGGUCAGAGCAAUAAGGUGAGCACUGGCUCACCGGGGCAAACUUACACAGUGGGUUGAAGUUUGUGAAAGAGAUAAGGAGAGAUUAUUCCUGAAAUGGAUCUAUAACAUCCAGUAUGUGUUUAGUUUCCCCGAGGCUCCACAGAUUUAUAUGCACUUGUGUAUCAGCUGUUGCAUUGAGCACUUCACACAGGGCUUGUAUAUACGUAAUGUUUUCAGAGCUCUUGUUUUAGUUUCAUCACAAACCUAUAUCUCGACAUAAUUACACCUGAAAGGACCAUUUUUUCUUUUGUUCUUGUUGGAUUCACAGUUGCAUAAAGACAUUUAUCUUAAAGGCUUUUAUGAGAAUUAAUCAAUGCUUCACUUUGAUCUUGAGAAUAUUAUUUCUUCAUAUCAAAGAGUAAAUAGAAGAUAUUAUUUUCUUAAAAAUGCAGCAGGGUUAGUGUCACACACAAUCUCGUCCCUGAGGUUAAUUUAACAUUUUAAUAUUCUUGGUCAUUCAAGCUUUAUAGUGAACUAACUGAUUUGAGUGUGCGUUUAUGGCCUUUUUGUAUGUCCUGCAAAUUCAAUCUAUGCAAAAACGAGACUGCGGUGCAUGCAUACAACACUAAUGUCAAGUCAUAUCGGAUUGAUCCACGCCUCAGUGUGUUAUUAUUUUGGGACCACACAAUUUAUUUCUACUGUGCAUUUCUACUGCGACUCCACAUUACAAAUCAAGGUUGCAUUUCAGUUGGAAGUUGAAAAUUCUUUGCUUGAUUCUUUUAGACUGAACUCAGUAGAGUUUUGAUUCAUUUAGGUUCAUGUAGUGUAGUGUUAUCAGUAACAGUUUUUGUAGUGCACACCAAGAAGUUUACAACUGCAGCUCAGUUGACAAACCGAACCGAGUUUACGUGCUAGAAUACCGACUUGAAAGGGCUGUCACUUUUUCAGAAAAUCAAGUUUGAACACAGUUAAUAUGAAAAUUAGAAUUUACUUGGCUAACAAGCUACAAGUUUUGUUAAUAAUGAUGUAACAUGACUGUAAAACAGCAAACCGGUUUACCUUGAUCUAAAUUUUUAUAGCUCUGGUUUCCAAUCCAAAAUGUUUACACACUGUUUCAGAUGGUUUUGUGUCAUGAUCGAUAGGUUCUUCUAAUUUGUGUUAAAGCGAGCCCACGUAACUAUUGCUAUGAAUCAAAGGUGGGAUCAAAGUGAAUUCUGCAACCCUAGCGCAGUGUAUUUAACAGGGUUGGCAGUUUAGCGUGCCGAGAUGCCACCCAAUGGUUGAAAAUUAUGGCUACUACAGGUCACUCUCAACAUUAUGGGUGCUGAAUGACGUAUCCUGGUAUCGCUAUCAUUUUAAAGGAGCCAGUAUUGGUACUGGUAUUAUAAGUUUUUAAAUGAUACCCAGCCCUAAGGCAUGGUGGACUGACUCUUUAUGAAUUUGGGAUUCUGAUAAAUCUUUACAAAACAAAUGUUGACAUGUUUUUCCCCAUUUUUCAUUAAAAGUGGCAGCCCUGUGCCGGUGUGUCUGCUGUUGCAUUGUGGGUUCUGUAGUACUGCUGUACCCUGUGUGUGUGGGAUCUUAUCAUCCUGCACUGCACCACGGCAGACACAUUGCUAUCCACGUCUGGUGGGUGGAAACAGCAGUGUGGGGGGGAAAGGUGGUGAGUCUUCCUGUUGACAGACAGACAGCCUGUUUGCUGACGAGCAGCAUGAGGAUGAGGAUGAGGGAGUAAGGAGAGCUGAGCUGCUGAAUGAUGGGCUUGUUUGUCUCAGUUUGGCUGGAGCCCAGCAGAGUGCAGGCCUCUUUUGUCUGCUGCUGACCAGGCCACUCUUACUGGAAACAUCCCAGGUUCUUUGUGCAGCCGAACUCUCGAAUUUACUGUCCGGUUCACCCUUGUCCUCUUAAACCCACUUGUCUCCAGAUUUGUAGUGGUGUAAGUAAAAUGGUGGUGACCUCUCUGACCUCUAGCCAUCAAGAAAGACAUUUGAUUUACAUUCAUAACAUGCUUUGUUUGUCCAUUUUACUCGUUUAUAAUUUAUCCCACUUCCACUGCAGUCAAAAGGAAUGGUUGUCACUUCAGUCAACCAUUUUUAUUUUUGUAUUUAAGAUUAAAACCUGCAGGUCAUACCCUUUUGAAUUAUCAAAUAGUGUCACCCACUUCCUCCCCCCUCCCAUCAUGCUCUGCUCCAUCUUUCCCCUUUAACUCAUCCCAGCCUCUUGGCCGAUGUGCUCUGCAGUGAUACAAAGUUGCUGAGAGCUUCAGCAGAGCAGAGCAAGCCCUCCUCCCUCCUCUCUGCCGCCAUCUGUCGUCAGGAUUAUCUGCUUGUCCACUCAGCAGUUUACAGGCAGGACCAGUUGGGAUUAGUCAGCCUGUGCGGGCAUUUCCUGUCCAAACUGUGCAUGUCUCAUACGUAGUCUGCCGCCUUCGGAUGCAUGAAUCUCUGCUGUCAUGCCACCAUGACCUCACCCUCCACGAGAUACACUGAAAAGACAGACAUAUGGUGUUGAUAUAAUUAUAUUAUUUAAAGAGUUAUGCUGAUUAAAUUCAUGGCUGGUGUUUGGAAUAAUUUAAAUCUGAUUUUGAUACGAGAAAAGCCAUUGAUGCAGAAUUUAUACCAUCAUGACACAAAACUAUUUGAGGUGGAGCAGCAGCUCCCCAUCACCCUGAAGUCAAGCCUGUUGUUACAGUUUGUGCUUUGCAGAAAAAUCCCCCUUUUGACUUUUGUGAGCAUCAUUUUUUUGAUUUUCAGAAUGUCACGUUUCCCCAGGACUCUGAUAUUGACAGGUCCAUUUGACAGUUACACUGACUGUCAGGUUUGACAGGCAGUUGUUAAAGUAUCUGUCAAAUUUAACAGAGUGUUGUUUGAACUGCUAGAUGGACCAAUGGAGGAGAUGAAAUUUUGGAUUCACUAAGAUUUUAACAGCAGUCCUUAAGCUUAGCUUUAAAAUCAUUUAAUAAAUAUAGAAGAUAUAACAUUCCACAGUUCAGUACUUUAAGUAUUUUCCUACAUUUCAUGAUCAAAAGUUCCCUUUUUGUUUUGUUUGCUCUUUAUCAAAGUAGUUUAUUCUUUCUUUUCGUUUUGUGUCCCUCUGGUAAUUAAGACAGCAAAAUUAUAUAUUUGUAAGUGACUGUGUCCAAAACACAAAUGUAAUUUCUAGGGCUGCCCCCAACUAAGAAUUUUCCUUGUUGACCAAUAGUCGUCAUUUAGGACCAUUAGUCGAUGAGUCGCCAACAUGUUUAUGGCAUUAAUUGAAUUAUUAAAUUACAUAUUUUGGGCGGGGCAACACAAUGGUUUGAGUUGAAGGUGUGAGAAAGAAUAGUAUCAGUAACAUUGUUAACACUGUGCUACAUUACAAAGAAAUACAAAAGCGUACUAAUGAACCUUCAUUAAUAUAGACCUAUAUUUAAUCUACAAGUGCACGUCACACACUGAGCGAGCCGCCUGUUAAUGACGCUGUCAGCUAACGGGCAUGCAGCUGACUUCUGUCUGACUGCUGAGCAUGGACACUUCCUGUGUCUGUCCUUUCAAAUUAAAUUCCCCCAUGCUGCAGUCAUAUAGGUUUUGAUUUAUUCUUACAAAGCACAGUUUCUAAUAAAGUUUGACGCUCCUAAUGAAGUUUCUGCGACUAAGCGACCAGUGAAAUCAGUGAAAGGUCUGGUCGACCAUUAGGGGGCAGCCCUAGUAAUUUCUACACUUACAAAAGAAUACCCAAACCAACUAAUGACACUGACCUGCCAAUACCUGAUUUUUAAUAAUAAAAACAAUAUCCAAUUGAUUGGUCCGAUCUAAAGUUUGCCCAAAACUUGCCAGACUGACUUGACUGCAUAGUUCUUGUAACUUUUAUAGCCAAGGGAAGACAAGCCACAUUAUUUCCAUCUCUAGGAAUCUGGAUCACUGCCACACGAACAGCAUCUGAUCCUGAAUCUGUGAAUCCCUGAGUAAGAAUUAAGAAAGGUUCGAGGCAUGCAGACUACACAUAUCUAUAAUCUUUUGUCACUUGAUAGACUCUUAUUAUCGGAAGUCUUAAGUUCAUCCUCUUCGCUCAGGGUUUGAUGAAGUUGUUAACAUGUGUGUGUGUAUAGAGGUUUAUUGUAAGAUGAUGAAACUGUGAGACUGAUUCUGAAGAUGAUCACAUCUGGAAACGGUAUGCUGUUUCUUUUCUAUAUGAUAUUUUAAAAGUUUUUUUCUGAAUAGAUUUUUUUCUUGUAUUUAUGCUUUCUGACAUGGCUUGUGAUAUGUCAACUUCUUAGGGUUGGUAAACCAAAGACUGUCAGGCACUGCAGUUACAGCGACUGUAGUGAUAUGAAGAUAGAUCCA